GUCCGGUUCUGAGGACAUUUGAUAUCAUCUCAGUCAGUGGCAUUAAUGUGUCUCUCGGUUCGACAUUUUGAAUAAUCGGGGCUGUCUGCCGUCAUCCUGCCACUAGCUGUCAGCAGCACCGUCUGUCUGUCUGUCUGUCUGUCUGUCUUAUCACACUCCUCUACUCAUGCACUUACAUUAUAGAAAACAAGCUGUCCGUGCAAGAGAGCACUUGAUACUUUUUUAUUAUUACCAAACCGUUCCCAUAAUUACCCCAUAAUCAUUAUAUAAUCCUAUAACAAAGCCUCUAUUGAAGCCCUGUCUUUUGUCAACGCUGGGACACUGAAUCUAUAAUUGCAUUAUUCAGUCUCUUCCACCCCCCUAUAGAAGCAUAAUAUAUCAAAACCAUCCCGCAAAAGGAAGGUUUUAGUUGCAAGAAACGGUUCGGCCUCUGCGGGACGUCUUCUUCUUUUUUUUUUUAAAUGUCGUGUUUACGCGUCGCAAAAAAAGUUGUGCCAACUUCAAGUGUGGAGCUCCUGUUGGAAAUCUAUUAGAAAAUAUCAAAAACAAACAUCCUGAAAAAAGUCUUUGCUUCAGUUAGAGUCAGAUCGGCCGCCUUAAAAAAAAAAAAAAAUCAAGCAAACGGUGUGUAGAACGCAUUCAUUCACAAAUUGGACCAGUCGCAUUAUUGAUAUAUCAUAUUUUCAAAUAAUUAUGUUCAUUCCCUCCUGCGCUUCCAGGCAGUAAGAAUAAAUCGUCAAUACAUAGUGAAAAAAAAGGCAAAAGCGAGUCCCCGAGGAGCGGUUUGCGUUUGUAUGCAUGGGGAUUGGCAACACAACGGGGCUUAUUUACAUUAAAUACGCCACAAGGUUACAGUGCAGAUAGAUGAGCGUCAUUUUUAUCACUCAUUACUUCUCUUAAGCGGUGACUGACGCUCAGGACGCACAAGAGGCAACACUCAUUUAUCCUGGAGUUUUUUUUAAAGGCGAAGAGAAGAGGAAAAAGACUCGAAACAGUUCACUUGGAAGGCUCUUGUCGUCCCACCUUCUGUGGAGCUGUCGGCACUCUUCCUGACAUCCGGCAUUCGUUGGAGCGGCGGCAGUCGCGCAGAAUCCCUCCAUCCAGGAUCCUUCCAUUAAAGAUAACUUGUAUUGAGCCACAUCUUAUUCACUUCAAUCCGCCUCCCCCUCCUGUCUCAAGUGAUCCCUUCCCAGCAGAGAAAAUCGAAGGGCUCCCUGAUCAGUGCCGACCAGAAGCGGAGCUGAAGCUGAGGCUGGCUUAACGGGGCUAAGCGCACUAUCACGCUGUCUAAGAAACUACCCCCACCCACGUCUGAGGUGGCCAUUCCAGCAAACACUAGUCAGUCAGGAGUGACAGUGAGACGCCACUUGAUCCUAACAGACAGGUUGCACUCCAGUAUGCAGUUGGAGUGUUAAGGAUGGAGGACUCUAGUUUGUGUCUUGGUGUGUCGUCAGCGGUGCCUGACGCUGAUGCCCAUCUAAGCAAUGCAGUGUUAAAUGGCCGCUACCCCAUCAGUCAAAAGCUUCACCAGCUUACUGCCCAGCUAGGACACGCCUUCCCCGACCUACACCGCCCACAACAGAUCCCUGAAGAGAAAGCAGCCACGCCUUUGGACGAGAAGACCCACCACGCAGCUCUGGCCAGUCAGCCUAUCAGCAGUCAGAUGGCCCUGCUAGCCAAUCAGCUCAACCGAGACAUUGAUGCAGGGGCACUAAGUGGGUUGAACGGGCGUGUUGACUUGCAGCAGUUUCUCAAUGGCCAGAACUUGGGCAUCAUGUCCCAGAUGAAUGAUAUCGAAGAUGACGCCCGCAAGAAUAGGAAGUAUCCCUGUCCAUUAUGUGGCAAGCGCUUCCGUUUUAACAGCAUCCUGUCGCUGCACAUGCGCACACACACAGGCGAGAAGCCCUUCAAGUGCCCCUACUGUGACCACCGAGCAGCUCAAAAAGGCAAUUUGAAGAUCCACCUCCGCACCCACAAGCUGGGGAAUCUUGGUAAGGGCCGUGGCCGUGUCAGAGAGGAGAAUAGGCUGCUGCAUGAGCUGGAAGAGAGGGCCAUCCUGAGGGACAAGCAAAUGAGAGGGAGUGGCAGUCUCCAGCCACCUCAAACACCCCAUCUGAGCCUCACUAGCAGCACUAACACCCAUCAGCAGCAACUAGGCUCAGCCUGUGGCCUCCUGCCCCCCUCCAGUAUUGUCACUCCAGAGACAAUGUCCCAGCCUUCUUCUUCACCAAAGCCGGCUGGCACCCAAGAUGAACAGUCCCUGAACCCAGCCACAGGCUUCCGCUGCACCUUCUGCAAAGGGAAGUUCAAGAAACGCGAGGAGCUGGACCGCCACAUCCGCAUACUUCACAAGCCCUACAAAUGCACACUGUGUGAGUUUGCUGCUUCCCAUGAAGAGGAGCUGAUAAGUCACGUGGAGAAGGCCCACAUCACAGCUGAGACCACACAGGGCCAAGGUGCUGGUGGUGCUGGUGGCAUGCAGCCGGCCACUGAAUUCCGCUGUGAUGUGUGUGGCCAGGUGUUCAGUCAAGCUUGGUUCCUCAAAGGCCACAUGCGCAAGCACAAAGAUUCCUUUGAACACUGCUGCCAAAUUUGUGGCCGUCGCUUCAAGGAACCCUGGUUCCUCAAGAACCAUAUGAAGGUGCAUCUCAACAAGUUGGCCAUCAAGAGCAAGCCACCACAGCCCAGUGAGCAGGACCUGGCUGCCGUCAAUAGCAUGAGUAAUCUGGCCCAGGAAGCUCAUGCCAACCUUUACUCCCGCUAUAUCUCCUGUCUUCAGGGAGGGUUCCUUUCACCAGACAAACAGGGCCUGAGUGAGCAGCACCAAAUGUUGGCUAAAGCAGGAAUAGCCAUGAAGGAAAAGGAAAUGUUAGGGAAGCUGCUGGGGCCAAUGGCAGGAGGUAUGGGCCAUGGGUUGGGCGAAAAUGAGAAGCGGUCACUCCUGGGUUGUCUCAAUCUUGUGCCACCACUCAAGUCAAGCUGUAUGGAACGCCUCCAGGCAGCUGCCAAAGUGGCCGAAAUGGACUCCCUCAACAGCUACCAAGCCUGGCAGAUAAUGGCUCGUGGCAUGGCUAUGGACAGGGCUUUCAUGCCGAAAGACCAGCACCAGCACCAGCACCAUAUACCUCCAGGGCAGGAAGAUGAGAUGGGUGGUGCUGGGGCCUUGGCUUCCUUCUCAAAGGAGAAACAAGACUACUCCUUGAUUACUUCCAAUGAUAGCUCCAAGCAGAAGCAACUCUCCGAGGCCUUGCAGGGAUCCAAGGCAGCUACUGGAGCCAUGAUGUCCAUGAAGGAGGAUGGAAGGGGCUUUGACAGUCACCGUGACUUAAUGUCUCACCACGGUGGUGCUGAGGCUCCUGGAGCACUGGCUGGCUUGGGAAGCCCAAACAUUGACUACAGCCUCUCCAGCAUGAAGGAGAAGCCUUCAGAAUGCCCUGACUGUGGCCGGGUCUUCAGAACCUACCAUCAGAUGGUCGUCCACUCCCGCAUCCACGGCAAAGACAGGAGAGGCAUCGAGGAAGCGUUCCAGCAACAAGGUUUGGACGAACGCCGCGGAUCAGCCAGUGACCCUGAGUCCCAGUCCAUCAGCCGCUCCACCACUCCUGGUUCAUCCAACGUGACAGAAGAGAGUGGAGCUGGAGGAGGACACUCCCAGACAGGAAGUGUCCAGGAUGACAGCCCACAUCCCUCCUCACCAUCUUCAGAUGUUGGGGAGGACUUGGGGAAGGCGGCGGGGACCAUUCAGCCUUCUCUGUCCCAGCAUCGCGAGCGGAGCGUGGGCUCGUCCUCCAAGGAUUGCCCCUACUGUGGCAAGUCUUUCCGCACCUCCCAUCAUCUCAAAGUCCACCUGCGGAUACACACAGGAGAGAAACCCUACCGGUGCCCUCAUUGUGACUAUGCCGGCACCCAGUCUGCCAGUCUGAAGUACCACCUGGAGCGCCACCACCGCGAGCGUCAAAAUGGCUCCACCACCUCAGGCCCAUCUUCUGGCCACACCGCUUCUUCUGACCACAAAGAGGACCACGGGAAGACAGCCGGUGGUGGCAUCUUUGCUCGACCAGAUGUUCUCCGUAAUGUUUUCAAGGGCAUGCCUCCAAACCUAGACUUCAGGGCGGGUCCACUGCUGCCCCAUCAGUGGGCGUCGGCUGGCAUGAUGUCUCCACACGACCGAGAUCGAGAGCGGGAGCGCGGAGACCGCCGCUUUGACUCCUCCUCAGCUGAGAACAUGAAGGCUGCUGAUGGCCCAUCCUCACUGGUCUCAACAGCGACAGAUAGCUUCUCCGACCUAAGCAGGGCCUACCAAAGCAUGAUGGGAAACGGAGUCCACUUUCAAGGUUCUCUCCAGGCCUUCAUGGACAGCUUCGUCCUCAGCUCCAUGAAGAAAGAUAUGAAGGACAACCAGAGUCCAGCCCAGCUCCAGGCCCAUUGCUACCAUGAUAACGGUGAGCCCAAAGCAAAGAGGGCCAUCUCAGCUGACCAGGAAAGGGAGGAGAAGGCUGAAGCCAAACAGAACUCAGCAGAGCCUGGCAAACCUGGGUCCCAGUAUGAACCACUUGAUCUGUCUGUGUCAGUCCGGCCUGAGUCUGCAUCUGGAUCUCUCCCUGGCUCUUCAGUCACCAUCCACGAUAAUGUGGCAUGGCACGGCUGCCUCUUCUGCUCCUUCUCCACCGCCUCGGUGGAGCUCAUGGCUCUGCACCUUCAGGCCAACCACAUGGGAAAGGCCCAACCCCAGCGGUCUGAUACAGGCAAGGAGCUUCAUGGGGAGACAUCUCCCAACACUUCCACCAUUCACCCCAAGACCUCUGGUGUGGCCCUUGACAAAGAUGGAGACAGAGAUGGCGAGAAACACCAGGGAGGCUGGAACAACCACAUGGACCAGCCUUACAACCCCUUCCAAAGUGACUUCUACAGGCGGUUUGGUGGUUUGUAUGAUGGAUCCCCAAGGACCAAUCAGGCCCUUCAAGGGUACAUAGCCCCAGUAGAACAGGGUCUGGAGCUACCUAGCCAGACCUUUGGAGGAGCAUCUUCAGCUGGGGAUGACCAGAUUGGUGAGAGGGGCUCCUGUGGAGAUGCAGAAGAGGAUCGGGUUGGAUCAGAUGAUGAGGUGGCAAAGGCUGGUGUACACAGUGCUAGUGAGACUCCCUCAACCACACCCAAGAGACAGCAGCAACAGAAUCAAUCUGAUGAAGAGGAAGAGGAGGGAGGAGUGGCUGAAGAGGAGGAUGAAAGAGAUGAGCAUGGACAAAUGGACAUGGAGAGAGAGGAAGAAGGAAGUCCAGCUUCAGACCACCUCCAGAACCACCCCAAACAGUUCCAAGAUGACUCCUCCCUGCCCCCAAGGAGUGGAGCUGGUCUGGCAGCAUCUUCCUCUGCUAUGAAACCACUUUCUCUGGUUCCCCAACCCAAGAAUCAAGCUCUGGCACUGGAGAAGCAGUGGCAGCAAGGCCUGGGCCUCCUGUCUCCUGGAGGUCCUCCAGGACUGUUGAAGGCUGAGCAGCAGACCCACCUAGAACAGCAGAUGAACAUGCUGUCUGUCCUCAGAGCAUACAGCAAUGACAACCUCCCCGCAUUCAACGGCCUGGGAGGUGGAGCAUCCACAGGGGGCAUGAAGAGGCCAGAUGCACCUGGCCAAAGACCAUUCAAGUGCAGUUACUGCCCCUACAGUGCCUCCCAGAAGGGCAACCUGAAGACCCACGUGCUGUGUGUUCACCGCAUGCCCUUCGACAACAGCCAGUACCCUGACCGACGCUUCAAACGAUCGCGUCCCGAGUACGACAUCCCAGAGAAGAACACAGAUGACGCUGUUGGUGUUGCUACAUCUAAUCAACUAAUGACAGGAGCAGAUGGAAGCCAUGGGAGCAGCAUUGAGUUGUUGGCAGGGGAUGUCUUGUCCCGUCACCAGGACUGAAGCCACAAUGAGUUCGGUCGGUUAAUAGCAUCAAGGGGGGAAGGUGUGGAUUCGUGUUGGACAAUCUGAAAUGUCAUAGAUUUCAUCAGAUCAUCAGACAACUCCCCGAACUUGAGAGUUGGUCACUAUAAGACGAAGAGACCUAUGAUGAAGACCCCGACUGAACGACAAGACAAUGAGAGAGAAACAAAAGUGCUGUGAAUAGACCACACUUCCUAUGUUAUAAACUCAAAGUAAACAUACUCUGCGUGUGUUAUUAGAAGUCUGUGACUAAGAAAACAUUAUAACCUAUGUAUCUGUGAUGAGGUGGCUCAGCAUUUUUCAUUUUUUUUAAAAGUGAGCACAGUGUUAUUAUGUGUAAGGAUGGAAAGGAGAAAGAGUUACAAACUGUUAAUGAAAUCAUACUUUUCAGACAAAUCAAAGAGGAGGGAGGCUAUAAAGCAAGAGGGAAGCCAGAUGAAGUCAUCUAAAAUCAUUAAAGUGACUUUUCUCCAAAAAUAAUGCUUUUAUCAGAAAAAUGAUCCGUGUAAACGAUUUAGCAGAGCAGUUAGUGUAGGGAAGAUGGAGGAGGAAGAGGAGGGCUUCUGAUUGCACACCACAGCCACCCAGAACAUAACACCAGUGGCUGCCAUUUUCCCAGUGCAAGUGAUGAGCAUUGUAUGUGUGUGUAUGUGUUGUGGGGUCAGUGGCGGCGACGGUGGCGUGUGUGUCAGGGAAACGGGGGGGGGCAAUGGUGCCAGUCUGACUGGAGCUGUCAUCGCAGAGGAAAUCAAUUCGACAACACACACACACACACACACACACAAACACACACACUCAGAGUCCUACAGUGGUAACCCGACUCUGGAUGGUACGCCAGGGGGUCAAGUUGAGUCCCAUCAGCUGGCCGGAGCCCCUCAAGUCACCUCCUUCUCUCCUCCAUCCUUCCCUGCACUCUCACUCUCUCCAAUACAAGCUCAAUCCAUUAGAAUGGCCUUGAAAAUACAACACAAAUCAAUCGGCGUAUUUAAAGCAUCCAUUAGCCGACGUUAAGGCUUGUUUUGCUCUGGUUUUGGCAAUUCGACGUCUGGAGGUCACCUUACAGGCUCCACGUCAGAGAGGGACGGGGGAGUUUUAACUGAUUGUGUUUUAGCCUGGAACGCUUAAUGAUGACAGAUACAUGAUGGCGUGACACACACACACGCAGGCACGCCACCACCGCUACAGACCGUACAACACAUGCACACACACACACACACACACACAGGCACGCACACACACUCUGCAGCCACUGGCGUUAUGUUCUGGGGUGGCUGUGGCGUGCAUUCAAAUGUCCUCUCCUCCGUCUCCUCAAUCUUCCCUCCACUAACAGUUUGACUGAAUCGUUCACACAGAUCAUUUUUUCUGAUAAAAAGUGUUAUUUUUGGAGAAAAAUUAAUGAUUUUCAAUUACUUAAUCUGGCUUCCCCGAUCGCUUCUUAGCCUCCCUCCCUUCUCCUCUUGGUCUGAAAAUUUCAUUAACAGUUUGUUACUUUGGCAAAGACGUGGACCAAACUGUGGAGGAAAUAUUUUUUAUCACGUGCUCCAGAAGGAAAGAUCAGAUGUAAGCAGCUGUGUUCUGUACGUAAAAAAAGAUGUGUGACAUGCAGCUAAAAACUUCUCCUCUAGACGAAAAGCAGGAUUCAUCUCCUCUGAUGAGCUCUUCCACAGGGUGAGAC